AUGAUCGUGAUAUUGAUUUUACUCAUUCAAAUCAAAUUAAUCUUUACCAAGGAUCCUGCAUACAUCCGUGAUUAUUUUCAUCUGAUAUCAACUACAGAAAAACCACUUCCGUUACGUAAAUAUUAUGGUAUGCAUCACUCGUCGAUUGACUUUUAUCCAGGAACAAUGAAUGUCAUAUUAAGUGUGCCACAUGAUGGUGAUCUUCGUUCAAAUUUGCCGUCCAGGCCCAAAGGUGCCUGUAGGAAAUUAAAUAGUUCAAAUCGAAAAUGUUAUUAUCAAAAUCCAUGUUUAUCUCCACAAUUUCAAAUGGACAUAAAACAUUGCAAGAUCUCGCGGGGUCGAGAUGUGAAUACGCGUCUUCUAGCUUUAGCCUUACGUUAUGAAUUCAAGGCUCUAUUUCAUUUUACACCAUAUGUGAUUAUUAACCGACUAGAACGAAUAAAAGUUGAUAUGAAUCGAUUUAUUGAUCAAGGGACAUUUUACAGAAAGGAUAAUAUGCAUGCCUGGAUGAGAUAUCAUUUCUAUUUAAGACACGCGAGAGAACUUAUCGUGAAGAAUAAGAAUAAUUAUGGCGGAAAGGGUUUAUUGCUGGAUUUACAUUCGCACGAUCAUCAUGAACGAUGGGUUGAGUUAGGUUAUUUGUUACCUAGUCGGCAAUUGUCGAGAAAAGGUUACAAUCUCAAGCAUUCGUCGUUUGCGUCGUAUUUAACAAGUUUAUUUGAACCAAUCGAUCUCGUUAGUGGAAACAAGUCUCUGGGGUAUUUCAUUACUAAAUAUAACUAUUCUGCAACACCAAGUCCCAUUUUUCCAUCACCACCUGAACAAUCUUAUUAUGAAUGGGGUUAUAUUAUCGAAGAAUAUGGUCGGUAUGGAAAUUUUAGUGCCAUUAUGAUCGAAUCUCCGGCGAGAAAUAUGAUGAAUUUAACAAAGUUAUACAAGUAUGCGAAGUCGUUGGCAUUCGCUUUACAUGAGUACCUGAUUGCAAUCGAAGUCUUCGAAGUACUUGCUACAUCUGAGAAUCUAGAACAAUCUCAAAUAACAAAACAGUGUAAUUUGAGUAGACAAAUAAGUGCACAACGAAAUCUGUUUUUGCUUCUGUUUUUUAGCGUAAUGAGUUUUAUUUGA